AAACACAGACGAGCGCAACGUUACGUACUCAGUCGUUUACAGCCAAAUUCUGAGAGCUACUUCUUUUUACAGAGCAAAGAAAGUGAGCAAUCAAUCAAAUCAUCCACUAUGGGUCUCAAGCAGGACUCCUUAGAAGAGCCCACAAAGAAAAACAAAGAUGAUGGGAAGCAGCUGCCUGAUUAUCCCGGCAUCGACAAGCAGUUCCUUGCUGCCCCUAUAAAAUCCGCCGUCGACAAAUUCCAGCUUGUUCCAGAGUUUCUAAAGGUGAGAGGGCUGGUGAAGCAACAUUUGGAUUCGUUUAAUUACUUUGUGAAUAUCGGGAUCAAGAAGAUUGUUCGUGCUAAUAAUCGCAUAGUAUCAGGCGUCGACCCGAGUAUUUUUCUCGAGUUUACAGAUGUCAGAAUUGAUAAACCCUCAAUGCCAAGGGAUGGUAUCAGUGAAGAAAUUUCUCCUCAAAAGUGCCGGUUAUCCGAUAUUACGUAUUCUGCUCCCAUUUAUGUCAAAGUAAAGUACAUGCAAGGAAGUCAUACCCAAAAGAUUACACGGGAAAAGGAUGAUGUUAUUAUUGGAAGAAUGCCUAUUAUGUUAAGGAGUUGCUGCUGUGUCUUACAUGAAAAAGAUGAAGCUGAACUUGCAAAACUUGGUGAGUGUCCCCUUGAUCCUGGAGGAUAUUUUGUUAUCAAAGGGACAGAGAAGGUGUUGUUGAUACAAGAACAACUAUCGAAGAAUAGGAUUAUUAUUGAUACUGACAAGAAGGGGAACGUAAAUGCAUCAGUGACAAGCAGUACUCAGGAACUAAAGAGCAAAACAGUUAUUUUGAUGGAAAAAGGGAAGAUGUAUUUGCAUCUAAACCAGUUUACAAAAAAGGUUCCUAUAAUGGUAGUCAUGAAGGCUAUGGGAAUGGAGAGUGAUCAAGAAGUUGUACAGAUGGUUGGAAGAGAUCCUCGAUAUAGUGUCCUACUUUUGCCAUCUAUUGAGGAAUGUGCAAAGCAUGGUGUAUACACAAAACAGCAAGCCUUAGAGCUAAUUGAGUCAUGGGUGAAGAAGUCCACGUAUUCCGGUGCUUCAUCAGAAAAGGAAGGUAAAGGUUUAUCGAUCCUUCGAUAUAUAUUUCUCGCUAAUGUUCCAGUGCGUCAGGAUAAUUUUCGGGCAAAAUGUAUAUAUGUUGCGGUAAUGUUAAGACGCAUGAUAGAUGCAAUUCUGAAUAAGGAUGCAAUGGAUGACAAGGAUUAUGUGGGAAACAAGCGGUUGGAGUUGUCUGGCCAGUUAAUUUCUCUGCUCUUUGAGGAUUUGUUCAAGUCGAUGAUUGAAGGAGCUAAGAAGAGGAUGGACAUGAACCUGGCGAGGCUUAGCAGGUCUAGCCGAUUUGACACUUUGCAAUAUAUACUUGGAGACAGUAUUUCUGCUGGCCUAGAAAGGACACUUUCUACUGGUAACUUCAAUGUCAAACGGUUCAGGAUGGAGAGGAAGGGCAUGACACAGCCUCUAUCUAGGUUAUCCUAUAUAGGGACUUUGGGGCACAUGACAAGAAUCUCACCCCAAUUUGAGAAGUCGAGGAAAGUAAGUGGACCUCGAGCUUUGCAACCUAGCCAGUGGGGAAUGCUUUGCCCAUGUGAUACUCCAGAAGGUGAAGCUUGUGGUCUGGUAAAAAACUUGGCACUAAUGACUCAUGUUACAACUGAUGAAGAGGAAGGCCCAUUAAUUUCUCUGUGCUACUGUUUGGGCGUUGAAGACUUGGAACUACUAUCUGGGGAAGAGCUUCACACACAAAAUUCCUUUCUAGUUAUAUUUAAUGGGCUGAUCCUUGGCAAGCAUCGGAGGCCACAGAGAUUUGCUUCUGCUAUGAGAAAGUUACGGAGAGCUGGAAAAAUUGGGGAGUUUGUAAGUGUGUUUGUCAAUGAGAAGCAGCAUUGUGUUUAUAUUGCUUCUGAUGGAGGUCGAGUUUGUCGUCCACUUGUUAUUGCUGACAAAGGCAUAUCAAGGAUCAAAGAACAUCAUAUGAAGGAGUUAAUGGAUGGAGUCCGCACGUUUGAUGAUUUUUUACGAGAUGGGUUGAUUGAGUAUCUUGAUGUUAAUGAGGAAAACAAUGCUUUGAUUGCUUUAUACGAGGGAGAGGCUACACUAGAAACAACACAUAUUGAAAUAGAGCCUUUGACAAUCUUAGGUGUUAUCGCUGGGCUCAUUCCAUAUCCUCAUCAUAAUCAGUCACCUAGAAAUACUUAUCAGUGUGCAAUGGGGAAGCAAGCCAUGGGAAAUAUUGCAUAUAACCAGUUAUGUCGGAUGGACACACUACUUUACCUACUGGUGUAUCCUCAACGACCUCUGUUGACAACAAAAACAAUUGAGCUGGUUGGAUAUGAUAAGCUUGGAGCGGGGCAGAAUGCCACUGUCGCUGUGAUGAGCUAUAGUGGCUAUGACAUAGAGGAUGCAAUUGUCAUGAACAAGUCAUCUUUAGAUCGUGGAUUUGGUCGUUGUAUUGUUAUGAAAAGGUAUUCUGCCUUGAGACAGAGGUAUGAAAAUAACACAGAGGACAGGAUUAUUAGGCCCAAUAGAGAGGGAGAUAAUGCAGGAAAGAUGCAGAUACUGGAUGAUGAUGGGAUUGCUGCACCAGGGGAAAUUAUUAGGAGAGGUGACAUAUAUAUAAAUAAACAGUCCCCAGUCGAUACAAGGGGGCCAAUGGUAUCUCCAGCAGGAUUACUAGAUAGAGAUUAUAGGUCCAGUGCACAAAAAUAUAAGGGUACUGAAGGGGAGUCUGGCGUUGUGGAUCGAGUGGCUCUUUUUAAUGAUAAAAAUAAUAAUUUAAGUAUCAAAGUCUCAAUUCGGCAUACACGUAGGCCAGAGGUUGGUGACAAAUUUAGUAGCAGACAUGGGCAGAAAGGUGUUUGUGGCACCAUUAUCCAGCAGGAAGACUUCCCAUUUUCAGAACGUGGCAUUUGCCCUGAUUUGAUUAUGAAUCCUCAUGGGUUUCCUAGUCGAAUGACUGUAGGCAAGAUGAUAGAGCUUCUUGGGGGUAAGGCAGGAGUUUCAUGUGGUAGGUUUCAUUAUGGCAGUGCCUUUGGGGAACCAAGUGGUCAUGCAGAUACGGUUGAAGCUAUAAGUGAAGUUCUUGUGGACAAAGGCUUUAGCUACAAUGGCAAAGACUUCCUUUAUUCAGGUAUCACAGGUUGCCCAUUACAAGCAUAUAUUUUCAUGGGGCCAAUUUACUACCAGAAAUUAAAACAUAUGGUCAUAGAUAAAAUGCACGCUCGAGGUAGUGGGCCCCGUACAUUGCUAACAAGACAGCCAACAGAAGGGAGAGCUCGAAAUGGAGGACUACGGGUAGGAGAAAUGGAACGUGAUUGUUUGAUUGCUUAUGGCGCUAGUAUGUUAAUUUUUGAGCGCCUGAUGAUCUCUAGUGAUCCUUUUGAGGUUCAGGUUUGCAGACAAUGUGGUUUGUUAGGAUAUUACAACCAUAAGCUGAAAACUGGAAUUUGUUCAUCCUGUAAAAAUGGGAAUAAUAUUUCUACUAUGAAGCUGCCAUAUGCAUGCAAGCUCUUACUCCAGGAACUCCAAUCAAUGAAUAUUGUUCCCCGCUUAAAGCUAGAAGAGGCAUGAGUUGAAGGAUGUUCCAAAUUCGGGUUUUUUAUGCUACACAUUUCCUACUUGAGGCUACUAAUAUCCAGCUGAAUUGAUCCGCUUCAUGGAGAUCAUGUUAGAGGGAUGUAGUAAUGUUCAGCAAAAGUUUACUCUUCAAAGGCAACAUCAUGUCAUCGAUGUAGGGCAAAAGUGGAAGCCUCCUUCAUAGAUAUUUACUGGUUAUGUCUAUGUAUGUGAAUAUUCCAGUUGGUUCUAGACUUCUAGUGUUAAAUUUCUGCCUUACAUGUUUUUAGUUGUAAUAUGGUCGUAAGAAAGCAUUCCAAGUGUUAAGGCAAGCUCCACAAAUAGCAAAUAUUUAGUAGACCGAUAUACGACUAUCUUAUAAUUAAGAUGAUGUGGUAGUGAAAAAUUAGCUUCUUUUUU